UUCUCCAGAUGAUGUACCGGGAGCCAGCCCGGUGGUCCUACACCUUCCAGACCUUCUCCUGCAUCAGCCGGCUGAAGGCGAUGCUGGAGCCGCCGCCCGAGCGGCUCACCGGGACCCCCCACCCUGUGCGGGUCUUCGAGCGCUCCGUCUACAGCGACAGGUACGUCUUUGCCAAGAACCUCUUUGAGGCCGGGCACCUGCAGCCGCUGGAGUGGGCCAUUUACCAGGACUGGCACGGCUUUCUCCUCCGGCAGCUGGGGCCCCGCGCCGCCCUCCACGGCUUCCUCUACCUGCGGGCAACGCCGCAGACGUGCCUGGAGCGGCUGCGGCAGAGGGCAAGGAGCGAGGAGGGGGGGAUCCAGCUGGGGUACCUGCAGCAGCUUCAUGCCCAGCACGAGCGCUGGCUGGUGGAGAAGACCACGGAGAUCCACUUUGCGGACGUGAAGCACGCGCCCGUCCUGGUGCUGGAUGUGGACAAGGACUUCGAGCACGACGCGGCCAUGCAGGGCGUCCUCAUGGCGCAGGUGGAGGCUUUUGCGACGGCGCUGUGAGCCGAAGCUUUGCUGUUGCGCCCUGACCCUCUCUGAGCACCCUGGCGGCGGCAGCAU